AUGGCGUGGAACAAUGCCAAUGCAAUAACGUAUAACUUGAAGGAUAAGCUCGGGCUGAGAGGUGGUCUUUAUACGCGUGCAUCUAAAGUCAUAAUUGACCACAUGUGGCGAUACAUCAUCACAGAUGGGAGGGCAGUAUUUGCAAGUCUUUACAACCCUCAAGCCUCGAAUCUUGCUUCGUCCCUACGCACGCAGUUGUGGUUGGCGACGACCAUCGUCCAUGAACUGGCUCACGUUUGGAGGUAA